AAAAACGGGGCUGCUGGUGCUAUCAUAUUCUCUGAUCCGGAUGACAUUGCACGUGAUGGCAUAGAUGAAGGUGAAGAGUACAUCUGGUGUUUUUCAAAAAGUGCCAUCAAUACCACAUACAGGGUUGGACCAGGAUUUCAUUCUGAUGAGAGACUGACUAUGGAUGUUCACAGCAGUCUUAAGAUAAAGAAAAUCAGAAAUGUGAUUGGCUACAUUCGUGGAAAGGACGAACCAGAUCGAUACGUUAUAUUAGGAAAUCACUUUGAUGCUUGGGUUUAUGGAUCUAUGGAUCCUAACAGCGGAACUGCAGUGUUGGCCGAGGUUGCGAGGGCCAUGAUGCAGACUGUAAAUGAGACUGGGUGGAGACCAGAGUUUGUCGAGGAGUUCACGGAUAUUCUGCAGCAACGAGCCGUAGUUUAUCUGAACAUGGAUACUAUCCAUAGCAAUAUGACAUUACAUGUUGGAACAAUCCCAUCACUUUAUCGUGUCACUGUGGAAGCCGCAAAGAGGAUAGUAAACCCUAUAAAGUCAGAAAGAGACAAAGGAAGAGAGACUGUUUAUGACUCUUGGGUGAAGAUGCGUCCCUCCGAAACUCCGGGCUUGCCACAUAUUCCUGUACCAGGUGGCGGCUCCGACCAUGCGGCUUUUCUUACCUAUGCAGCUAUUGGCCAGUUUUGGGCAGAGCUUGCUCGCUUCUUCACUGACGAGGCUGUCCUACCCUUUAAUACAACGGAAUUAGCCGAAGCUAUACUAAAAAUUUACAUUCCUGACCUGGGUAAGGCUUUAACUCCUCUGAAAUACUAUCAAACAGCAAUACAACCUGCUGUUCAGCAGCUCUCUCACAUGUCUAAAGCCGCUCAGGAUUUUCUAAAUAUGUGCCGUAAGUUCGAGAAGACUAUGUUCUUCACAAGGACGGCAUUUUCUCAGAAUCCAUUUGAUGCUCGACAUAUAGCAGCUGUGAACGAGAGGCUGAUGAAGUAUAACGCAAAUUAUGCGCUUUGUAAUCGACGAUAUAUAAGAACAAACUUUUGCAGUGCACAACGAUGCUUUAUCAAUCCUCGUGGAACAGCUACAGCACCUCAGUCCAGGCAUGUUCUCUAUUCGAUCAGUGAACACGACAGUUACGCAAGUAGACAAAUGGCUGCGGUCUACGACGCUAUUGAUGAUUUUACAAAUGCGGAGUCCGAUAAGCAACGGGUGAUUAUUGGAUUGGAAAUUGCGAAUCAGAUAUCUAUCGUACAGCAUUCCAUCCACUGCGCAACUAACACGCUCAAGGAUGUGAUUUAA